AGUCGGCCUGCAUGAAAAGGAAACAAAUCUAAACAAAAUUUCUCUUUCUAAAUUACUAUAUAAACAGAAAAGGAAAGAAAUCUGAACAAGUUUUCACUUUCUAAAUAUCUAUAUAAAUAGAAAAGGCAAUAGAAACAAAUUUUCUCUUUCUGGAUUAUCUAUAUAUAUAAACACACCCAAACUCUACAUCUUGUUAAUAUCUCUCACAACAUCAACAAUGGGGAUAACGUUUUCGAGGACAAACCGAGUGAUAACAACAAGGUCGCAGCUUGACGAAGACAUCAACAAUCUCUUCCUCAACAACGAAUCCCCUCAAACACUUUCCACGAAUCUUAUCGAUCAACAACGUGAUGAUCAACUAAUCUCUUCUUUCCUCGAAGUCGCUGUCGGUCAGACCGUCGAAACCGCAAAAAGGUUCUUGGAGACAACGAACUGGAACAUAGACGAAUCCAUCAAUCUUUUUCUCCUCCGCAACAACUACGAACCUUCCGUUGAAGCUCAUGCCGCGGAGCAAAGUAACGAGUCAACGACGUUCGAUGGUGGAGAAUCAGAUUCGACAUUGGCUUCCAUGUAUCGUCCUCCUGUAGACUUGCUUUUCGAGGGUCGUACGUUUGAGGAAGCGAAGUCAACUUCUUGUACGCAGAAUCUAUGGUUGCUAGUGAAUCUCCAGUCCAGAACAGAGUUUGCUUCUCACGCGCUCAAUCGUGAUGUAUGGUCCAACGACACCGUUUCGGAAGCUGUUAUGUCCAGCUUCGUCUUGUGGCAGGUCUAUGAUAACACAAUCGAAGGGAGGAAGAUCUCGAACUUCUACAAGAUCGACUCUGCUCCACCUGUGGUGCUUGUGAUCGAUCCCGUCACGGGUCAGAAGAUGGGGAUGUGGAGCGGCGUGGUUGAUGCUCAGAGCUUUGUGGAGGAUUUGUCGCGGUUUUUGGAGGCUGGUCCUCAUGAGCAUGUUGCUUCUCUGAUAAGGGACAGAUACCCUGAAACGGAGGAGGAUCAGACUUGUUCCGCAAGCAACAAUAAUGAUCAAGUCCCGGUUCCUUCUUGGGGUGAAGAGUUUGAAAAGGAGGAUGAUUGGUCCUCAAGCAAGGGUCCUUCUUGGGGAGAAGAGUUUGAAAACGUGGUGGAGACGUGUUCUUCAAGCAACAAUGAUGAUGGCAUCGUUGAGUUUCCGGAUUUGACAGAAGAGCCAAAGGGAGACUGUGAUAAAAGCCUUGUGUGCAGUCUAUGUGUUCGGUUUCCAGAUGGGAGAAGAAAGCAGAGGAAGUUUCUCAAGACCGAACCUAUUCAGCUUCUCUGGUCUUUCUGUUAUUCUCAGAUGGUGGAUUCCGAGAAGAAGACGUUUAAGUUGGUACAAGCGAUUCCUGGUGCUUCAAAGACUCUUGAUUAUGGACUCUAUGCGACUUUUGAGGAAUCUGGACUCGCUAAUUCGAUGAUCUCGGUUCUUUAUAACUAAGAAGACAAGAAAAGGAUUGUGAGUUUUAGUUCGAGCGUGUUACUGUUCUUUUCUGCUUCUUAAUUCCUUGUAAUGAAUCAGUAGUCACCGUUCUAGUAAAAUUUCAGUUUCUUCUUUUUCUAAAGAGGUAAAACCAGAUAAAAUGUUCAACUUUACGAUCUGUACAACAUAGAUCACCCUUCCAGAUCACUUAACACGCUAAUUUCUGGUUCUUGAAAUCUCAACUGCACUGUAAAUUUCCCCCUUAUUGAUUAUGCUAGUUAUCAAUUGCUAAUUUCUCUGUUCCAAAAUUAAGACCGCAAUAUAUACUUUUUCUAGACGCUAGACGAUGAAGUAUUGUACUGGUUUCAAGUUAAUAUAAUGCAUUUUGAAAUACGAGCCAUUUUACAGCUUCAAUGUAUACACUGAUAUUUUGCACCAAAAAAAGUAUAUACAUUGAUGUUGUUGUGUAAAAGCUAUAGGUUUUAUGAUAUCCCAAUCCAUUAUAGCUGUAAUGGUCCGACACUAAGUAAAACAUAAUGUUUAUAUUUUUUUGGAACACAAGUAAAACACAAUGUUUUUUUACUAUAGUAGGACAGAGAACAUAAACUGGAGAGUAGAACACAACAAUACAAUAGAAUGUCUACAAAUAAUAUACAGUUAGAUAAAAAAAAAUUAAUGCACUUCUAAAUUUUAUCGAAAACGAUUGCUAAAUAAGUUCAGGACAUGACUUAUUUGACUUAUAGAUCUAGUCUUUUACAUCUAUAUGUAAUCCAAGAACCUUUCAAGAAACCAGUCCAUCUAUAUGUAAUCCAAGAACCUCACUACUCAUACCAAACCCCAGGAUCCUCCUACAGCAUUCACAUCAUAAUGUCGUGGACCAUCUCGCACACAUCAUUUCAUUGUACACAAAUUGCUUCAGCUAAUUUUCUAUGGGCGAUAGAUCCAAAAUUCAUCAUUAAGAGUGUCUACUUGCGGUUUUGGCUCCAACACCUGUAAAAGAAAGAACUUUGCUUGACCAAGAGAGAAAGCAAGAUCAGAUUUUGCCAAUGAGAGGUUCACAAUCCAGUUUUGCAUUCUUUUGAUAGUAAAGUGGAAGCUCCAAGUAAUAGCUAGGAAGCUGAUCAACUGGUGACCUGAUAUAAGUCUUAGAAACCUAUCCAACAAUGUAUAGUGUAAAUAUUUACUCAGUAAUCUUUAGUCUAUAAAACAGAAAUAAAUUAUAUGCUACAAAAAGUUACUUUUAGCCAAUAAGAUUAAGUCACAUGCGUUAUUAUAAAAUAGUUCAAUGACAAUCUACAAAAAUAAAGAUAUAAAACAGUCAAACUUAUAUGUUAAUGAACUAAAAAUCGGUUAAGAUCUCUGUCAAGAUACAGAAA